GCUGUCGCGGCGCGCGCGAGAGAGAGAGGCAGACAAAAGUCGGUCGCCCUUGGCGACGGCCAUGGUUCUGGAGUGGGGUCGGCGGCGGCCAUGGCGGCGAGAGCCCGGGCUGCUGGGGUGGCUGGCGCUGUGGGGGGUCCUGUGCGUGCGGCCGGCGGAGGCGCUGGUGGAAGGCCUGUACUGCGGGAAGGUGGUGUGCUACGACGUGCUGGGCGUGAGGCGAGAUGCCAGCAAGGCUGAAAUCGCCCGGGCGUACCGGCAGCUGGCCCUGCGCUACCACCCGGACCGGCAGCCGAGCGGCGAGGCCUCGCAGGAGAACUUCCUCCUCAUUGCCACCGCCUACGAGACCCUCAAGGAUGAAGAAACCCGUAAAGAUUAUGAUUACAUGUUGGAUCAUCCUGAGGAAUAUUACAGCCAUUACUAUCACUAUUAUAGCAGAAGACUAGCCCCAAAGGUAGACGUCAGAAUAGUGAUUCUAGUCGCUGUCUGUGCCAUCUCAGUUUUUCAGUUCUUCAGCUGGUGGAGUAGCUACAACGAAGCUAUCAACUUCCUAGCCACCGUGCCAAAAUACCGUAUACAAGCCACUGAGAUUGCCAGGCAGCAAGGCCUACUGAACAGAGCCAAAGAAAAAGGGAAACACAGACGGUCCAAGGAAGAAAUCCGUAAAGAAGAAGAAGAAAUAAUCAAAGAUGUCAUCAAGAACAAAAUAGAUAUUAAGGGUGGCUAUCAGAAGCCUCAAUUGUAUGACAUUCUCUUAUUUCAAAUUCUCCUAACUCCUUUUUAUGUCUUUAAGUACAUAGCAUGGUGGUGUUGGUGGAUUUAUUGUUUCAAUGUCAAGGGACAAGAGUAUGGUGAAGAAGAGAAGCUGUACCUCAUACGAAAAUCCAUGAAAAUGUCGCAGUCUCAGUUUGACAGUUUGGAAGAUCAACAGAAAGAGACUUUUCUUGAACGGCAGCUCUGGAUAAGAGAGAAAUACGAGCUUUACAAACUGGAACAAGAAGAAGAAAUGAAGAAAAAGAUGGCAAUGGAUCCUCGAUGGAAAAGAUACAGGCGGUGGAUGAGGAAAGAAGGACCCGGAAGACUCACGUUUAUUGAUGAUUGACGGUUGCAGUAAUGUGCAUAGUUCCUGUUACAGAUUGGCAAAUUGAAUCCGAACCUAAAACAUUCAAGAGUUUUAACUGCUGUGUCUCAGCAGUGGGUUUUUUUUUUAACUCAGGAAUUAAUCAGGCAGGAAACUAGUACCAUUUUAUGACUUUUUAUAUAUAUAAAAUAAAAACAAGUCCACUGAUUGGAGUUCGUUGUUAUGGAUAUAAAAUGGAAUUAAACAGUAUGUUUGACACGG